AUGGAAUCAGAAUGUGCAUACACGAUGCUUGUGGUGGCAAUGUAUUGGCUCACAGAAGCAAUGCCUCUUUCUGUAACAGCUUUACUCCCUGCAAUCAUGUUUCCUCUUUUUGGCAUUAUGCAGUCCAAGGAAGUUGCACAAACGUAUUUCAAAGAUUUCCAUCUCUUGUUGAUUGGAGUUAUUUGCUUGGUCACAUCUUUUGAAAAAUGGAAUCUACACAAGAGAAUAGCCCUGAAGAUGGUGAUAUUAAUGGGAGUCAAUCCUGGAAGGUUAAUGAUGGGUCUUAUGCUGAGUUGUUCCUUCCUGUCUAUGUGGCUCAGUAACACUUCAACUGCAGCCAUGGCAAUGCCAAUCGUUGAGGCCGUUCUUCAACAGAUUAUGAAUGCAGAAGCAGUGACUGUUUUCUCUCAAAACACUAUGAAUGGAAUCACAAACCGAGCCUUGGAAUCGUAUGAAAGGGAAUCCAAAAUGAAGAAGCUGGAAGCAAAAGAAAAUAUCGAACUUGAGCUGAUCAAACAGGAAAUAACGCAGACAAAAGAAGAUGAAGUGAUGAAACAGGAAACCAAAGAAAUGGAUGGCUAUUAUGUUGAAGUGGACAUUUGUGGAGACAAAAUAGAAUCUGAUGAGGUAAACCUUUUUGUUAUUAAAAUGCUAUUAAAUUUAAAAAUAAUAUCAUGUACAAUUCCUCACUUCUCUGAACUAUCAGUGCAGCAACUUCAACAACAAUAUUUGUACAGUGCCUUUAACAUAGGAAAAUGGCCCAAGGAGCUUCACAGAAGUAAUCAGACCAAAUUGGGAAAGAAGGAAGCUUCAAAAGAAGAUGCUGUGAGCAAAUACAGAAGUGAGAAUGAUCACAGUUUAUGUAAAGGAAUGUGUCUCUGCAUUGCCUAUUCUUCGACUAUUGGAGGACUAACUACUAUUACUGGCACUUCUACUAACCUCAUUUUUGCUGAGCAGUUCAGCAUGCGUUACCCGGAUUGCCAAUGUAUAAACUUUGGGUCUUGGUUUGUGCUGGUGUUCCCCAUCACUGUGAUCAUUCUGCUUUUGUCCUGGCUCUGGCUGCACGUGAUUUACUUUAGCUUCAGUUUUCAAAACACAUUUCAAUUUGGCAAGGAAAAGAACAGCAGAGAAAAAGCAUCAAUAAAAAUAAUUGAAGAAGAUUACAGGAAGCUUGGGCCUAUGGGGUAUCAGGAGGUUGUUACCCUGAUUAUUUUUUUCUUAAUAGCAUUAUUAUAGCUUACACGAGAUCCUGGAUUUUUCCCCAGCUGGUCCUUUCUUUUCCCACAGUAUAAAGGUUUUGCCACAGAUUCCACUGUGUACCUCCUGCUUGGACUCCUUUUUUUCAUCUUGCCUGCUGAUACACCUUCUUCAGUUUUCCCAUGGUAUUUCCUACCUGCCUUUGAUCCUCUUACAGAAGCGAAGGGGUACACUACACUUAUUACUUGGAAAGAGUUCCAGUCAUGCAUGCCUUGGGAAAUAUCAUUACUUGUUGGUGGCGGUUUUGCCCUGGCAAAAGGUUCUGAGGUAUCUGGGCAUUCUUUAUGGGUGGGAAGCACACUGGAGCCGCUUGGCACUUUACCAGCAUGGGUCAUUGUACUAGUGUCCUGUUUAAUUGUUACCAGUGUCACAGAAGUUGCCAGCAACCCGGUGACUAUCACCAUCUUCCUACCAAUUCUAGCUCCCUUGGCUGAGGCCAUUCAUAUAAAUCCACUUUAUUUAUUGAUUCCUUCAACCCUUUGCACUUCAUUUGCAUUCCUGCUGCCAGUGUCCAAUCCUCCAAAUGCUAUUGUAUAUAGAUAUGGCCAUCUCACUGUCAUGGAUAUGGUAAAAGCUGGAGGGGCUAUUAAUGUAAUCGGUGUUUUAGUUGUGAUGAUUGCAAUAUCAACUUGGGCUAUCCCUUUAUAUGAUCUCAAAACAUAUCCUUCUUGGGCACAAGACCUUGGAAAUGCAACAAUUCCCUAA